AUGGAUCUGCAACAGAUGUUGGGCCACCAAAGGGCGCCAGCUUUGACCUUUGGCGAAAGGAAUCUGUUAAGGCGUAUAAUUAAAGACUUUCCUAUCGUUAAAUGUAGAAUCAAUAAUGCCAAUUUGAUUCCAAUCAAAAACGCCGCUUGGAAAUCUAUAACAAGGAAGUUUAAUUACCUUUCCUGCACUGAUAUCAAGCGUGAUACCUACACUCUGAAGACAGCCUGGCUUAACAUGAGAGCUACACCCCAGGAACGUUAUGAAUGGGACCAUUAUAAUCCCUUGAACGAUCCGUCAAGUAGCGCUAGUAGUCGCAGUAGCUCACCAAUACAAGAGCACGGAUUUAUGCCUGCGUCGCCAAUGUAUCAGCACGGCAAUUUGUUUGGGGAUCAGUCUGACGAAUUGUUUUAUGAUAACCAAAACGAUCUUCUGGCAAGUUUUGGAUAUAGUGGAGUGCCAUUGGGUGAAGUUUCCAACCCUCCUCUUGUUGUUAGUCGACCCAGGCCCCGGACUCGAAGAGAUGUUGCCUUGAACAUAAGUCUGUACCGAAUGAGAAAAGAAAUUCAAAAAUUGAAGGAAACGGUGAACGAUAUUCUGAUGCAAUCUGAGACUCAACGCAUGGAAAAUGCACUGGCUUUUAUAAAACAACAGAUGCCAAAAUCCGAUUAA